AUGUAUUCUGGAGAUGCAAAGAAGAGGUCAUAUGGGGUGCGAGAAAAGUACAGGAUGAGUGGGGCUGCAGUGGAGCAGGCCAUACUGGUGGUGCCACAAAGGAUGGAAGAGCUUUUAGCCUCCAAUCCCAUUCUCUGGAUCCUGACCAAAGUCUGGUUGGAAUUUAUGGCUAGACACAUCAGGGCCCUCCAGUUGGCUCAGAUCUCUCUCAAGGAACUGGAACCACCCAACCUUGGGAUUCUGACUGGCAUCAUCUGCCACAUGAUUCAGUGCAUGUCCACCACUGCAAUAAUCCUUGACUUCCAUGUGAGAGAGUCCAUGGCCCUUCUGCAGGUCUCCAGGGUGUGUGAGUGGUUCGGAAUGUUCUUCCUUUUGGACCUGGACUUGCAUCAUGCCCCCCAUCUUCCAGAAGUUCAGGAUCAUAAUGACCUGGAGGUGCUCAAGCUGAUGGAGGGAAAGUUGAAGAGGGGUGACAGACAACCUGCCUGGCCAAGGAUUCCCCCUCUGGACACAGUGGAACAAUUUCCCAUUGGCAGCAGACCAACAUGGGCCAAAUUGACAAGGACCAUCCAACUGCAGCCUUGGUUGAUCAUGCAGGACUGGAAGUGGUUGGCCCAACUGUCCAGUCUGGGGCCAGUGGUAGGGAAACUUUUUGUUCUGUUUUCCUGUCAGCUUUGGAUCCAGUUGGAUGCAACUUGGCUGACACGCUCAGAGGGAAAACCAGAGCCAACAUCUUUGGAAGAUGCCAUUCAGAGUUGGACUCUGAACCAGACCUUCAGGACAAUAUGUGCCUGCAAAUUCAAGGCCUGCAAUGCAGAAAUAGCAGGGAGUGGAGGGGCUGGACCCACAGCAGGACAACCUUCAUGGAGGUCACCAUGGAAUGUCUUCUGGACAAAGCCUGGCUAUAUUUGGGAGUAUCACCAGGUGAUGAAGAACAGGACACCCCUGGAGGAGUUUGAGGUCCUGGACCACCUUUGCAGGAUAUUUUCUGUCCUUCAGACAUUACCUGAUGUGACCAAAGGGAGUGAAAAGAGUCCUGGGAAGACAUGGUGGGUGGAGGGUGAGAAGGUGGUUCUGGUGACAAAUCCCAAGUUCUACAAGAUCGUGGGGAUCUCCACCAAGAAGGAACAGCAACAGGCCAGGAGAUGA